AUGCGUGAUGUCGAAACCUCAACACCGUGCAAGUCCAUUCGAUCUGGACAAGAUCAAGCGGUUCAAUGUUAUGUUCGGUCCAGUCCAUCUGGAAAUAUUGAUAUUUCCGAACAGCCAACAUCGAAGAAUCCAGACGAAUGGAUGAAAUCAAUGGAUGAUGUGAAUCACGUGAUUGCACUGAUUUCUGAUAUAGAAUCUUUUGAUCACAAAAUUUUACCUGAACACGUCAGCUCCACUGCUAUAUCAUCCGAUGUGUUACCUACUUUCCGGUCAACGGUAUCUUCGAAUCUUCAGAUUGGCAUUUCCCUGUUUGAAAUCGAUUCGGAAUCCCAGUUGGGCUCGACCGCUCCAGUUAUGUCAUCUCUGGAACAGGAAUUGUUGGAUGAUUUAUUUUUCCAGGCAUAUUGA